CCUAUCUGCCCAUUCUCUGUGCACCUCCUAACAGGACCAAGCAGACAGUUUUAACUAACAAAGGAUUUUUUUUCUAAAACAUAAUGUCUACAGAACAAUCUUCUGCUCUUUCCAAUGAGCAAUUCUAAUGCAACAGUGACCAUAACUGCUAGGACCUCUUUUUUAAAGCAGGAAAAUGACAAGCAAUGAAUCUGAUUUUAACAUCAACACCACGCAUAUGUUCAGCACUGAAGAAGCAACAGCAAACUGCACAAGUGUCACAGCAGACAAUAUAAUAAAAGUUUACUUUCUACCAGCAAUGUACGGCAUCAUUUUUGUUAUAGGAUUUACAGGGAAUAUUAUUGCAAUUUCAGUGUAUUUUUUUAAAAUGAGGCCAUGGAGAACGAGCAUCAUCAUCUUGCUGAAUUUGGCUAUCACAGACCUCAUGCAUCUCAGCAGCCUCCCGUUUUUGGUUUACAAUUAUGUUAAUCAAGAGCACUGGACUCUUGGGGACUUCAUGUGCAAACUGAUCCGUAUUAUUUUCCAUUUUAACUUGUAUGGCAGCAUUCUUUUCCUCACCUGCUUCAGCAUCUUCCGCUAUAUCGUUAUUGUUCAUCCAAUGAAAUUUCACUCCAUCCAUAAACGGAGGUGGGCUGUUAUAGCUUGUGCAGCUGUGUGGGUGAUUGCACUCAUUGAAGUCCUUCCAAUGGUUUUUAUGAUGAAAGACAUGCAUGAUACUGUAGCUUGCAUGGACUUUGCAGUGUCUCUUGAAAGGUACAAUGUACGCUGGUACAAUGCCUCUCUUACUACCAUUGGCUUUGCCUUACCAUUGUUAGUGGUGACUCUCUGCUAUACCGGCAUCAACUGUAGCCUGGCAAAUGGACCUUAUACUGAUGAUGCCCAAAAGAAAAAGGCUCGUAGGCUCGUUGUCAUUCUCUUGGUGGUUUUUUAUGCUUGUUUUUUGCCUUUACAUAUUUUUAGAGCCAUUCGUAUUGAAACACGACUACACCAUGUAAGCUGUGUAUUUGAAAAACAUAUUCAUGCUGCAUAUUUAGCCUCUAGACCAAUAGCUUCACUGAAUACAUUCGGUAAUUUAUUACUUUAUGUUGUUGUUGGAGGGAACUUCCAGCAGGCUGUUCAAUCAAUUUAUAAGUCCAAUCCUUAUAAACACCAACCAUAAAUCAGGGGAAAUCUACAACACUGAUAAGGUCACAUACAUCAGU